AUGAGCGGACCACCGUCGAGUGCUAUUUGUACCACGUGGCAAGAGUUGGCUUUGGACGGUCGAAUUUUGGAGGCGAUUAAGCGCUUGCGGUGGCAGACGCCGACACCGGUGCAGAGCGGCUGUAUUCCAUUGGCGCUGAAGGGGCGCGACUUGGCAAUUCAGUCCCGCACUGGCAGCGGCAAGACCGCUGCGUUUCUGAUUCCAAUUCUGCAACGAAUCAUCACCGAAACGGAGCAGAUGCGCAGCCGCCGGGCGGAGCGAAACCCUGUGGCUCUUAUCCUGCUGCCUUCAGUAGAAUUAUGUGAGCAGACUGUGGAGGUCGCCAAUGCGCUGGCCAAAUACAUGAGGCCGAGGGUCGUCGUGGACAACUUGACAUCGCGGGGCCCCAUCACAAAGGCACGCUUGGCGUCUGCCCCAAUCCUUGUGGCUACGGCGGCGUUGCUGGGAAAACAGUGCCGCAGUGGUGCAGUGACCGCGGAUGAGUUGAAGUCUCUUCGAUGUGUUGUGAUUGACGAAGCCGACCUGUUGUUGUCGAUCGCCGAAAACUCUCUGCGUGCUGUGCAAUCUGUGCUGCCCCCGUCCACGCAGACGAUUCUUUCCUCGGCGACGCUCACAGACGGCGUGGCACACAUAAAGGGUCAGUUGCUCCAGAAUCCGGUCACCAUCAGGCUGAACAGUGGGGAGGAGGAGGAGGAGGAGGAAGACGAUGAUGGGACAGGAGCUGGUGAUGAUGGCGCUGCGCCUGACGGCGACAAACUCCUCGUGGAGACGCGUAUGACAGUGCGAGGGGGCACACCGAAUGAGAAGUUGCGUCACUACUAUCUUGUGGCAACUGAUGAGUGCCACCACCACACACUUCUGUAUGCGUUGUACCGCCUCGGUCACAUCAAAGGGAAGACGCUCAUCUUUGUGAAUUCAGAGGAAUCCACGUACAAGCUCCACAGUUUUUUGGCACAAGUGAGCGUUGAGGCGCUUGUGUACGACUCCAACCUUCCCCUGAAUGUCCGCGUGGAUGCGCUGCACCGCUUCCAAGUCGGCUCCGUCGCCACGCUUGUUUGCACAGACGGCACACUGGAGGGUGUGGACCGACUGAAGGAGUCCAUUGCGGAGGCAGGGGCGCAGACUGCGGACUCAGCGAGUAACAAAAGAAAAGAGGCUACGAGUGCCGGUCUCGGCGCCUUACAACGUGGCAUUGACUUCUCCGAUGUGAGCAAUGUUAUCCUCUUUGACGGCGUGGCGUCACCAACGACGUCCGCAUUCGCCCGAUACACACAUCGCGUCGGACGCGCUGGUAGGGCGGGAAAAGGUGGAAUGGCGAUCACGUUUUUUUCGGUUCAGCAAGCACAGAAGGUGACAAGGCACCUCCGCCAGUAUUUGAGCGGCACACAUGAUUCAUUCGAGCCCUUCAAGCAGCUUCAGCGCAGGGAGGCGGCGAAGCUCCAGUACCGAGUAGACAAUGUGCUCGCUUCCAUUACUAGGUCGUCCACACGCCGACAGCGUGUUGCCGCUGUGGCGGCAGAGCUCACUCGCAGUGCUUACCUCACCAACCACAUGAGUGAUAAGGAUGGCGCCGUUCUGCAACGUAUUUUAUCACGUGCAAAGAAGACUACCAAGUGUGAUUCGGCACUGCUGGACGUCCCACAUUACAUGCGCAUUCAGAGCGCGGACACCCCCGAACGCUACCGCAAGCGUGUCAGCGCGAAAGCUGCGUCAUCGCGAAGGCCAUCCCGGCGCCCCAGUAAGAGGUCACGCGAUCCGCUUAGUAGUGUGGCCAGCGCUGUAAAGAAAGGAGCAUUGAAGCGGCGAAAACACUAA